AUGGGAAGCUACUAUCGGAACGCGUAUAUCACAUUGUCUAUAUUAAGCGCACACGACUCAUACGUCGGCCUCCUCAAUCCUCGAGAGUCAUCCCCAACAACCAGUCUGGGUCAAAACCUUCAUCUCCGCCGAGCGCGACCAUCAUGGAACCAGGUACUACGAGAAUCUCCGCUAAGCAAGCGAGCAUGGGUAUUACAGGAACGGUCACUGUCGAAGAGAAUAGUGCAUUUCGAAAAGAACGAGAUAUUCUGGGAAUGUCUUGAGAGCUCAAGUAGAGAGGGAAGUGUGGAAGAUGAGCCAGAAGCGUGUGAUGAGGGCGGCUGGACUAAAGAGACGUUUAAGCGCUGCCUAAGUUUCUCCAACAAGAACUUCUUAGGCGAGCUUAGCAGACGCACCGUCCAGAACGAACUCUUCAUGGUGCAGUGGUAUCGCAUCUUGUGUCAAUAUUCUGGUUUGAGUCUUACCUACAGAAGCGAUGUCUUCCUCGCAAUCGCUGGGAUUGCGGAGAUAUUCCGCGACAUCACAAGCUUUACGUAA